GCUAUCCCAUCGCGAAGAUGCGUUUCUUGGACAAGCAGACCUACACUGUUUGGUGCCUUUCCCCGGCCUCCAGCAACGGCGUGGACGUCUCCAAAGCGCUGGCAGAGGCUUUUGGCGGGCACCCGUUGGAUUUGGAGGAGCUUUGCCUCCCGCAGCCGGACACGGUUCCGCUGUCGGAGUUGGGCUACAACCUCAUCAGCGGCCUCCACAACGAAGGCAAGUUCACAGCCUAUCUCGCCCGAAUAGCAGAGCACAUGGGUGCGGAGGUCGUCGACGGCGUCGGACUGGCUGCUUUCGCCAAGGUCUACCUGGACAACAAAGGUCCGGGCUUCCAAUACACGGACGUG